AUGGAAUUCGAAUCUACGAAUACUUCGAUUGGGCUCGAAGACGGUAACCUGUGCUACUACGAGCCAGUCGACUACACCAGGUUUCUGCUGGUGAUCGUCGGAGGCACGCCAUUCGCCCUACUUGGUCUGUUCACCAAUUCGAUGCUGCUCUUCCUGUACGGCAAAAAGAGGUAUAUCCGUGCUCCUCAGCUGUUCCUGGCCGCCCUGGCUCUGUUCGACAUAUGCAUAUGUGCGUUGUACUUGCUGCUGUUCUCCGUUGACGCGUUGGCGCUGUACUGCCACAUGGAGCCGUUGUGGCUGAUGUGGCAUUACUACUGUUUGCCCCUGUUUACGGUCAGCCGCAUAGUGCAGAUGAGCUCUGCGUACCUGACGGUCGUCUCCACCGUCGACAGCCACCAUUACCGCCUGUGGUGCACGUUGACCGUGGUCGCACUGUCCACGGCGCUGCGCAUCGUCACCUACUGGGAGUACGAGCUGCUGGCCGCCAACCCGGACUACAACCGCAUCUACAACCUGUACUUCAUAAACGUGAUCCAGGUGUUUUUGCCGUUCGUCGUUCUGGUCAUCUUCAACGUGGCGCUGGUCAACCAAAUCCGCAAGCGCAUCAGACUGACCAGGCUGUUCUAUUUGCUGCUGCCGUUCCGCAGCAUGAUCUCCACCAAUUUGAUUGACGCGUCAUACACGACGAUCGCCAUCGUCACCACGUACCUGAUGUGCAACGCCUACAGCUUCAUCAUCGGCAUCUGCGAACAACUGGCACAGCACUGGUUGAAGAACCCAGACUCGUCGUCGAACGACUUCUACACCAUCUCCUCUGACGUCAUCAGUUUGUUGUUCAUGUACAACUCGGUGCUACGACUGUUCAUCUACUGUACGUGCAACCUGCAGUGUAAGAACGACAUUUUGAACAUGCUGCAUUUUGGAAGGAGUUGCGUGAGUCAUCGAAACGAGCCGACCACGAGUCUAUGA